UCCAAAAUUCCUUCCGUCUCCCCGUUCGUCCCGGCGCUGGCGGCCCAGCCCAACCCCUCUCGCUGGUCGCUGCUCCGGCUAGCUAGCUCCCAGCGGCGGAGGGAAGCGAUUGGCGGAGGCCAGGGUUCCCGCGGGGGGCGAGGGCGCGAUGCCGCGGCGCGGGCGCGUGGAGCUGCGGCGGAUCGAGGACCGCGUCAGCCGGCAGGUGCGCUUCUCCAAGCGCCGCGCGGGGCUCUUCAAGAAGGCCUUCGAGCUCUCGCUCCUCUGCGACGCCGAGGUCGCGCUCAUCGUCUUCUCCCCCGCCGGCAAGCUCUACGAGUACGCCUCAGCCAGCAUAGAAGAUACGUACGACCGCUAUCAGCAAUUCGCCGGAGCAGCAGGAGACGAGAACGGGGAUCGAAAUGGAAACGAUCCAAAGAUCUCGAACAAGGAUGAAGCUUCAGAUUUGCAGUCGACGCUUAGAGAGAUUGUAACCUGGUGUCUCCAGAGCAAUCCUGACGAAUCAGAUGCCAAUGAGCUAGAGAAGUUGGAAAAUCUUUUGAAAAAUGCUUUGAGGGAUACGAGAUCCAAGAAGAUGCAGCUUCUGGCGAAACAAAACAGUGGAGAGGGAACAAGCGGUCAAGGCUGCAAUGUUGUAGCUAUAAAGCAGGAGCAAGGAACAGCGUGAGCACGGAAUUGACCUGUGUGCAGCUCGCGAAUGAAACAGAACAUUUUGUUCAGCUAGCUUGGAUAUGCCAACUUGCAGUAUCCCUUUCAUUCAUUAAUGGCACAACAGUUUGGUGCUGGCGUGCCGUAGCCGAUCAGAUUGAAUAACCAUGUGUUUAGUUUAGGUUGGAGGUGGGUUGGGUCCAUCUCUAUUUUUUUUUUUUUGGAAUCAACCCAUGCGAUGUUUGGUUAGAGGGUUAAUCCAGCACAAUUUUAUGUUUGGCUAUAGAGAUUGAGAGGGUUGAGAUGGAUGACAAUUUGAUUUGCCAAUUUCACACCUUUAGACAUUCAUUUG